ACUUAGUAUGGUCUCUCAUUCAAUUAAUAAGGCUAGAGAUAGAGAAAAAGAAUAAUAAGAAGAAGAAGAAGAAGAAGAAUAAAAUGGGAGAAAGCAAAGUUGAUAAGCACUACUUCGUUGUGGUCCAUGGGGCGUGCCACGGAGCAUGGAGCUGGUACAAGCUGAAGCCGCUGCUGGAGGCGGCCGGCCACCGUGUGACGGCGGUUGAUCUGGCGGCUUCCGGCAUCAACAUGAAGAGUAUUAAAGAUGUGCACUCAAUGUUGGACUAUUCUCAGCCACUGUUGGAGCUUUUGGCGUCUCUUGAUCCGGAAGAGAAGGUGGUCCUCGUCGGCCAUAGCCUUGGAGGCCUCAACCUAGCCAUGGCUAUGGAGAAUUUCCCUCAAAAAAUUGCCGUCGCCGUUUUCUUGACGGCGUUUAUGCCGGACACCGUUAAUCAGCCGUCGUAUGUUCUAGAACAGUAUUGCGAAAGGGCCCCACCAGGUGCAUGGCUAGACACACAGUUUGGGUCAUUUGAGACUCCUGAAGGAUCACUAUCAUCAAUGUUUUUUGGUCCAAAAUUUAUUUCGAACAAGCUCUAUCAACUCACCCCAAAAGAGGAUUUUGAAUUGGCUAUGGCUUUGGCAAGGCCAUCGUCACUGUUCAUUGAAGACUUGUCCAAAGCAAAGAAAUUAUCUAAAAACUCAUAUGGGUCAGUUCCUCGGGUUUUUGCCAUUUGUGACCAAGAUUUGGGAAUACCAUUGGAAUUUCAGCAAUGGAUGAUCCAAAACGGUGGCGUUUCGGACGUCAUGGAGAUUCAAGGCGCGGAUCAUAUGCCAAUGUUUUCGAAGCCAAAAGAAACUUGUGAUGUUUUGGUCAAGAUUGCAUCUAAAUUUGCUUAGAAUUAAUGAACUUGUUUUCAUCAUCAGCUGUGAUUUUCUUAACUUUUAACAAUAAAAAAGUACUUACUUGGAAAUUAAAAGUCACGACCUAAUGGGCAUUUGUGUUAAUUAGGUAUAUAUAUUAAUGUUGUGAUUUGCAUGCUUUGUUCUGCAAAAUCAAAUAAAGUAUUUGAAAUACAAGAUUAAUGAA